AGUUUGAUGGUUUGAUUAUCUUUCUCCUAUCACUGAUUUGAUAAUUGGAAAAUAUGAAAAUCUAUCCAAAUGGUGAUGCUUGGUUUUACGUGGACAAGCCAGGCUGCUGGGGGAAGUACGAGCGAUACUCUCCGCAGCACAGCUGGAAACCGUUGAUCCGGCCAAUAAGGCCGAAGAUCAUGUACCAUUGGCAUGACUACGAUGGCGUUAAGAAGGCGGAGAUAAAGCAAAAAGAUCUCUACUUUGACAACUGGCAGACGUCUCGAAUUCGCGCACAGGCCUGCCUGGGCAUGCUCUAUGCCACUGGCUAUCGGUUCAUCAAGCUCAGCAUGGCCCCACCGGCUGGCUUCAAGUGUGCUCCGCUUCCUGUCAAUCUGGUCGGUGCCUAUUACGUUAACGAGCAUCUAAAGCAAUUGAAGAGAGAAGCAAAUGCGGCAAAGAAAGCCGCUAAAUUGGCAGCCCUGGCCAUUAAGAAGGCUGAGCUCGCUUAUAAGAACAGAGGCAAGAAGCGACCAAGACCUGGAUAAUAAUCUCGAAAUAAAGUGAAUGCAACCGAGGGGAAAUUCAUGUUCACUUUUCACAAUGCUCUCUCAAUUCUUUAGUGUCAAUAAAUAAUCACCUUUGGAUACAAA